AUGAAAAGGCUCGAUCAACAAAUAUGGGGAUCCGAAGACGAAGAAGGUAUAGACGAAGAACAAAAUAAGAACGAGGCAAAGGUUGAUCCCUAUCAUGGAAAACAUAAAGAACUACCUGAGCCCGAAGACGUUGAAAUGCCCAAUGAUUUAAACUCCGACGGCCAAGAAAAAGACGAUAAGGAUGGAGAAACUGAAACUGAAAAUCCGUUUGAAAUCGACGCUAUGAAAGAAGCUUUACAGGAAGAGCAGAAAGAAAAUGAUGAUGAAGAUAAAGAUAAAGAUAAAGGAAAUAAAAAUGGUCUGGAAGUGUCCAGUGAUGAAGAAGGUGAAGGAAACGAUGCUGAACAGGUAGACUUAUAG